AUGGCCGAAUCGCCAAUGAGAAUUAUUAUCGUCGGCGGCUCGGUAACAGGCCUGACACUGGCGCAUUGUCUUGAUCGAGCAGGAAUAGAUUAUAUUGUGCUGGAGAAACAUGAGGAAAUUCACCCGCAGAUCGGCGCAUCAGUAGUCAUCUUUCCCAACGGAGGCCGAAUCUUAGAGCAGUUGGGUCUGUACCAGAGGAUAGAAGAUUUGAGUCAAAAGCUCCGGCGCAUUCAUACAUGCUUUCGGGAUGGAUUUUAUUAUGACAGCAAUGUCCCUGAGCUGGUGAAGGAGUUAUUCGGCAUGGACUUCGCUAUCUUGGAACGAAGACAACUCCUUGAAGUCUUGUUCACAGGACUACAGGACAAGUCCAAAGUGCAUACCGGUAAACAGGUGACCGGCAUUCUUCUGACUGAAUCUGGUGUGUCGGUGACAACGACAGACGGGGCCAGAUACGAUGGUGAUCUCGUUGUGGGAGCGGAUGGAGUCCAUAGCUUCGUCCGGUCGGAGAUGUGGCGCAUUGCUGAUCUCGAGCAGCCGGGGCUUAUAUCAAACAAGGAAAGGUCAAACAUGACGGUGGAAUUUGCCUGUGUUUUUGGUAUCUCAAGUACAGUGGAAGGGGCCAAGUCUUGGGAUCAUGUCAUUAGAUACAACCCCGGUGUGACACUUUUUGUCUUUCCUGGAACGGAUAAUGGCAUCUUCUGGCUCCUGUUUCGAAAGCUUGACAAAAUGUAUACCUAUCCCAACGCGCCUCGGUUCACGAAAGAGGACGCGAUUUCAACGUGUGAAUCAUUAGUCGAUCUUGCUGUGUGGGAGAACAUCCAAUUCGGUGAUAUAUGGAGGCAACGACGGACCUUCCACAUGACAGCGUUGGAAGAAGGCCUGCUAAAGACGUGGCAUUAUGGUCGUAUAGUCUGCAUUGGAGACAGUGUGAGCAAGAUGACCCCAAAUCAAGGGCAAGGAGCUAAUACGGCUAUUGAGGCUGCGGCUGGCCUGACGAAUGUGUUGUAUUCCUUAAGCCAAGAGCCUGAGGGACAGCGUCCAACAGAGGGUGAAAUUCAGCGAAAGCUGGAUCACUUCAACGCGACACAGUUCCAGCGUCUGUUAGCAAUCCACCAAAGCUCCGAGUUCCUUACUCGGCUCCAAGCAUGUGAUGGGCUGGCAAAAUCGGUAUUUGCCCGAUACGUGGCGCCAUAUUGUGGAGGGACUAUUGAGGGAAUUUCUGGACUGGCGACGACCGGCACGGUCCUAGACUUCGUCCCCUUGACAGAGCGCUCUGGAAGGGAUUGGUCUCCCGUAUCGUCUUGGGCGCCAUGGAUGUCUAAGAUGGCGUAUUUUGGAACCCAAGCAUUCGUUGGCCUAGCGAUUGCAUCACUUCCGGCAAGCUUUGCGUGGACAUUGUACAAGAUAGCUAUUCCUAGAGUGCUGCAUAGGUGA